UGCUCUAUAAAAAUAAGGUUUCAUGAUACGGUUAUAUCAACAUGAUAAUUAGUACUAGAGGUACCAGUAAUUCAAUAUCAACAUGAUGACAUCCAACGCGGAUACACAACAACAGACUGUGUCGAAAUUGGUACGUACCUCUACAUGCAUCAGCUCCAGCUGGCAACUGUUUCAUGGUGCCUGCAAGGGACUUCUCCAUCAGCUUUGGAGACGAUCGUCGGUAUUGGAAAUGGUCUCACGCUAAAGAAACAAGUGACAUGAUGGUGGAAGUUGCGAAGUUGAGAGGUGUGUGCUGGUUACAUAUGGUUGGGAAAUUUGAGAUGGGCAGGCUAACACCGGGGAUCAAGUAUGAGGUCGUGUUUGUGGUGAUGAUAAAACGUUAUUAUAGUUACGGAUGGUGGGGGGUUCCAAUCAGUAUCAAACUCACGCUACCAGACGGAAGUACACAAGAGCACACAGAAGACUUUGCGAAGAAACCAAGAUCCGAGUGGUUUGAGAUCCCAGUCGGGGAGUUUAUAGUAGACGCAAAAAAAGGAGGACCCGUCGAGUUUACCAUGUAUGAACAUGACAGUCAGUGGUGGAAGAGUGGUUUAGUUCUUAAAGGUGCUGCCAUUCGACCAAAAUUCUAAAACUUCUUGAUCAGGUUUAAUUACUCGUAAAAUAUAUAAAAGGUGUUGUCAUUAAUUACCAUAAUUUUAGAACUUUAUACUAUGUAAAUUCCCGAAUCCAUAUU